AUGGUGUUUGGCACCUUGGUUCACCAUCCUCUGGGUUUCGUGGAUCCACACGGUUACAACGGAGCGUUCAAUCCGCCGAUGGCUCAACCUGGCGUGACCGGUAUAUCCCGCCAGUCGAGUGUGGCCAAUUUGGGCGAUGAAGUGCCAGUCUUUUUCGAUCCCAAUGUUUCAUCAGGAGUCGAACGGGUCAAUCCCACCCAAGGCACGCAACAUCCGGACAUCGCCUUGAGUGAUUUGGUGGAUGAACUGGAAUGGACCCCUCCAUUCCAAGCGUGCAGUGUCCGAGUCUUCGAGGCGGCAAUGCGUUCGGAUGCUUGUGUGGCCAACGACGCCAAUGGUCAGGGUCAACCGACUCGUGAGGAAUCUGUCUUGUCUAUUGAUUCAAUUGAAUCGCCCAUUGAGACUCCAAUUAAAGGAAAAGGCCCUGUGGUUCCAGUUAACGUGAUGGGAUCUUAUAACGUCAAGCUCUCUUACCUCAUGUACACUGAAAAAGGAGUCAAUCCCCUCAAAACCUCAACUCAAAAUUUGAAGAACGGAAAUGUUGUUUACGGUGGCCGACACUAUCGGCACCGAUGCUCCUCCCGGAGGAAACAGUGCAAUUUUCAAGUUGGCCAAUGCUAG